AUGGUGUCGUACAAGGAGGGUGUUACGCGCGACGGCCGCAAGCGCGCCCCACGGCUACUUUUUGGUCUAAAUGUCGUCCGGCCAUUCCCGUGGAUCCGUGUCUUGGUGGGUGUAGGCGCCAUGGCGUUCGUGUUUCGGCAGCAGUACCUGGCGCACUACUACCUCUCGCCGGAGGAACAGUUUCUGCGCAAGAUUGUGGUGGCCCCCUACGGCGUCCUUGGAAAUCAGAUGACGCUGCAGGGUAGCAUGAUCCGCGCCGGCGGCGAACCAGACGAGGGCGUCGUCGUGGUAGACUCCGCCGAUCUGCGCCAUAUAUUUACUACCGCAGAUGGGGCAACAGGGGCCUCAGGGGCCAUUUACAACUGGCUGAAGUUGCGUGGGCCUUUCCCGGACGAAGUUGUACGGGCGAUAUCGCGUGUUUGUGACGCCAAGUGGUUUCGGUACGGUGAUAAAAAUGUGAUUCAUGUCAUUGCACCCGACUUCCGUGAGGGCACGUGGUCGGAGCGAGAGGCAGUGCUGGAGCUUUCCCGCGCCUACCGCAACGCACUGCAUGAGUUUGUGAUGAGUGACGGGAACGUGCUGCGGGUGGCCCCAAUUUCUCACGGGGCACACUCCGGACCACUCUACAAUCAGCUACCACCCCUCACUCAGUCGGCGCUGAGCAUGGCAUUUGAGCAGCUGCAUGUCUUUGAUCGGGAGUAUCUGCUGCGGCGCGACAAGAGCAUCGAGCUCUGCAUCUUUAUGAACAGAGAAUGGGACAUGUAUCAGACCGUCUUUAAGACUCACAAGCAGUUGUUGGCGUUGUAG